AUGGCGGCGGUGGCGGGCGACGCCGACAACAUCAACAAGCAGGCGCGCAAUGAGCGUAAAGACUGGCUCAACUCCCCAGCGCGCGCCAAUUGGGUCAAGAACAAGCAAGCGCUCGAGGCGGUAAAGACGGCGCGUGCAAAGGCCGUGUCAGACGGCCUCGAUCCCGCCGAGGAGGCGGCGUUAGCGCGAGAGGCGACGGCCCGCUUGGCCGUAAGGGCGGCGGAGGAGGCGGCGGCAGCGAAGCUCGAGGAGGCGUCGGCGCGGAGAAGCGCAGCGGUUGCGACCGCUGCCGAGUCCCAGGCGGAGGAGAAGCGCGCGCAAGCUGCCGCUGCUGCCGCUGCGGCAGCGGAGCGGGCGGCGGAGCGGGCGGCUGCGGCCGAAACGGCCGAGGCGGCUGCGCGUGAGGCGAAAGACGCGGCUCAGGCGGCCGAGACGUUGGCGAGGGAGGUGUCAGUGGCGACGGCGACGCGCAAGGCGGCCGAGGAGAAGGCGACGCUCGAGGCGGCGGCAAAAGAGGCGAGGGCCAAGCUGGCGGCGGCGUCUGGCGCGGGUCUCGUCGUCGCGUUCCCGCCCCGGCAGGAGGGGUCGAACUGGUCGCACGCACCGCCCGCCGCCGCCGCGGCGGAGGAGGACGACGACUCGUGGAUCUCGUCGUGCGCCAUCGCGUGAGACCGGAGACCGCGAGCUCGUACGGCAGCUAGGACGGCAGUCUCCAUACUCCAUAUUACCUACCAAGAGGGAGCGUGCGACACGACUGCACGACUCUCGAGUGCGGAACGCGUGGACUAGUGGCGGCUAUUAUGUCCGUAUCAUCCGGAUUAUACUGUUUAUUGACGAUUUACUGAACGCGAUGCUGAGCAUACGUUU